AUGCCCGGCUCCUCGCAGCCUCGGCGUUCGCAGAGUCAGAACCGUGCGUCUGCACCUUCGGUCCAGUGGUCGCCGGGUGCUGCCCAGAACUCUGUGCUAGAGAGCGACUGGGUGUCUCGUCUAGGAGAGGACCUCGUGGCCUUCAACAUGGGAGAUGAAAGGGAAGGGGGGAAAUCGAAAGAGAGCGCCAAGGACCCGGAGGUGUGGUACAACAAGGUCGAGGACGGGGCGGCAUGGUUCAUGAGGAAACAGCACAGGCAGGAGGCGGAAGCGUCCAAGAAGCGGAAGCGCGCGAGGGAAGCAGAAGCAGAGAAUACGGCCAUCUCCGGACCGAAGAGAAAGAGAGUCGGGGAAGCGGCGGUGGGGGGGAAGAAACCGCGACCGGGCACUGCUGUAGAAGCGAGUAGGGCGGCCGAGGCAGCACUUUUGGCGAGCUAUGUACCCGGUUGAUGUUGUUGCGCCCUGUUUCCCUCCCUGCUGUAUGCUAUACUCCUCAACGUAUGUCCUUUGUAUUCCCUUCGGCCUCUGUGCUGUGUUUCUUUUUUUCAUGUCCUCCCUGCCUACUCUGCUGUGUUGGGUACCUUGAUCUCGCUUUUGCUGCCGCCUUUGUGUUUGUACCUCUGGCUGUCUGCCCAUCUGCCGCCUCUUUGUCCUGUUUGCUCCGUUACUCCCAUGCCCUGGUGCGCAGUGCCUGGUGCUGGUACGUUAUCUUUUGAUUUUUUCUUUGGGCGGGUGUGGGAAGCGUCCUCCUUUGUUUUUGUUUUUGUUUCAUUUUGAUCGGUUUCCGAGGGCUCUUUUCUCGAACGGUCGGUGCGAUACCUGUUCUUUUCUUU